CGCUUCAUGUCAUGUGACAGCAGAGAGAAGAAAACAUGGCGGACGUGGACGCAACGAAGUCUCUGGGCGGCCUGUUGAACGGGAUAGCUCAGAAGGUUUAUUACAACAACACGGAGAUCACGGAGGAGCUGCUGAAGAACGAGCUGUACGCAGAGCUGCCGCAGGACGAGUUCACCGCGUUACACGGGAGAAUGAAAGGCCUCCUCAAGUCCAUCGCCGCGGCGGACAUGGACCACGGCCAGCUGGAGGCCUUCCUCACGGCCCAGGCCAGGAGGCAGGGAGGAGGCGGGGUGACUGCCGAACAGGCCGCCGCCCUCUCUCGCUUCUGGAAGAGCCAGAGAGUCCGGGUGAGGGAGAGCCUGCUGGCCCAGAGCCGCUGGGAGCCCGGCCUCAGGGGCCUCUCCUGGAGGGUGGACCUGCAGACCGCAGCCAGCCGGGGGGACGCGGCCCACGGCGGCCCCGUGGCCCUGAUGGAGCUGGAGCUGGGCAGAGCCGGACAGGACUCUGAGUUUGUGUGUCUGGAGUUUGAUGAAACCAAAGUCAACCAGGUGCUGAAGCAGAUGUCUGAUAUCCAGGAGAGCAUCGACAGAGUCGUUCACCGCACCUGAAGCUGUUUGUGAGCGUUUUCUAAACUUUUUCAUUCUGACUGAGAGACGACGUCUGACCAACUCCGGCUGUCUCCUCCUGUCUCCUCCUGUCUCCUCCUGUCUCCUCCUGCAGACGGCUGAGUGGAUCCAACGUGGCCUCUACACCUGCCUGCAGACUCAGAGACCACCUACUGGAUAUGAUGCAUGAUCAUCAUUUCGGUACACGACUUGACAAUGAGACAUGUUCACAUAUUCUUAAUUUCUCUGUGAAGCUUGUUUUUUUUUUUAUAAACAAUCAUAAGUGGGCCAAAAGUUACAAAAGGCUGAGAACCUCUGACAUUUGCAUUGAGCUCAAAGUGCAGCUGAAAAAGUCCAGUUUAAACCGAUAAACUUUUUCUUAUUACUGCAGUUGCUUUUACAGAAAUGCAUAACGUUGCAUGCCGUAUGCAUUCAGUUGGGACCUGUGCUACUUUGUCAUAACAUUGCACCUUGAACUUUGACCCUCUUGCUGAAAAUAUCCGCUGAGCAGAGGAUUGUUGGUCUGAGUAACCAGAAAAGAAUGCUGGUUUGCAAUAGAACAUCCUGGUAUUUUUUAGCAUACAGUAUUUGACAUACCACACGUCAGAACAUACUUAAUCUUUUUCUGGUAUCCCAAAUCAUAUCGCAGUAUUGGAGUUGGAAUAAACAGACAGUCGGGCAGCUGAAAAGAGUUUAGAGCGUCCUGUCCCUUUAAGACGGGGGGCGUGGUCUCUCAGUUCCGGAGCUCACCUGGUGUCAGGUCAAGAUAACACGUGGCUCAUUCAUUCUUUAGGGGAACAAGCACCAGAGUUUGACACCACAGCUUCAAGGGAUUGAUUUACAAGUUCAGUUUGAAUCCCAACACAGAUCCAGUGGGAUUCAUUACUUCCUUUACUACAAUACUUACUGUCCAUGUGGGAAUAAAACCUAGUUUGAUUGGUGUUUAUCUCUUUUUUUUUUUCCUGUGGCCGUGUUCUGCAUUACAUCAUGAGGGUGGAUGACGCCGACUAGAUAUCUUAACAUGUUAUAAAAUGCUGAUAUCAGCUCGAUGAAUAAACUCUUUUAUCAGUAAAGAUUGGACCAUAAAUUCCUCGGUUGAGGCCACAGUUCUGCUUUUGAGCCACAUAAUCGCUUUGUUCAAAUGUUAUUGUAAUAUUCUGUAUAUAAAAAAAUCUUCUUACACACAGAUUUGUACCAAUUAAGAUUAAAAGUUGUUUUGCGAUAGAUAAAAUAAAAAAAGUGGUGUUUCCUUCAUGU